CGCCAGAGCUGCCUCGACACCUGCUGCGCGAUGCUUUCGCGAUCCGUCGCCGCCGCGUCGCGCGCGCCCGCGCUCUCUCGCGCGCUGGCGCGCACCGCGGCGCCCGCGCUGCAGCCGCGAGCGGCGCUGGCGCGCACUGCGGCGCCAGCGCUGCGCAGCUUCGCCUCCACCACCUUCCUGAGCGAGGAAGAGGUGACCGACAGGGUCCUGGGCUGCGUAAAGACGUUUGAUAAGGUGCACCCCGAGCAGGUCACUGUCAAGGCGCACUUCCUCAACGACUUGGGGCUUGACAGCCUGGACACGGUCGAGGUGGUGAUGGCGUUCGAGGACGAGUUUGUCAUUGAGAUUCAAGACGCCGACGCUGAAAAGAUCCUGACGUGCGAGGACGCGAUCAAGUACAUUAUGACGCACCCGACCGCCAAGUAGGACGCGGGCCCGCGCACCCUGCCCGUGCGGCCUCGGCGGCGGGGGCGGCGGCCUGUGCCGCGCCCACGCAGGCAGAGCAGCGGCCGGUCCUGGCUCUGGCGCGCGCGCUGCCGGCCGGUGCCUCUCAAUGUCAUCCGCGGGCGCGCGGUGUGUGUCCCCCGUGCGGCAGAGGCCUGGCGCCCUUACUCCGCGGGCACCGGCAGCUCAGCGCAGUCUGCCGCGUUGCGCCUGCGCAGGCUCCGGGACUCGCACGGGGGGUCGUCGGGGCGCGCCCCGCGCCCCGGGUUCGUUGUAGAGUGCGCGCGUGUCCGUGGUGGUUAUGGAGUGUGUGAGGGUGGUUUUUUUCUUCUGUUCGUCUUAGUAUCUUGGAGCACUUGGA